UCUAUACUAUAGGGAGCUCUCAUAGAAAGCCCUUCAGCUACAGGCUUCAAACUCUGAUUCGAAGUCAUGUCUGUAGUCAAAAUCCUGUGCUUAUUGCUCAUCACAUGUUACCUCAGUGAGGGGAAGAAAAUUAGGGGAAGCAGAGCUAGUGUAACGGCUGCAGUGGAGCGGGGCAUCCUCGGGGUGAAAGAGCCAUAUGUCAGCAGCUCAGUUUUUAGGCUGUUUUUGGGAGAUGAGGACACCUGCACGCUGGACCCUCUGCAGCUGCACACUCUCGCCUCCUGCGGCUUCAACAGCAGUAAUCCCCUCAUCAUCAUCACUCACGGGUGGUCGGUUGAUGGUAUGAUGGAGAGCUGGGUGCUCAAGAUGGCCACCAUUCUGAAGAGCAACCUUGUAGAUGUUAAUGUGGUGAUCACCGACUGGCUGAGUCUGGCUCAUCAACAUUAUCCCAUAGCUGUGCAGGGGACCCGCACUGUGGGGAAAGACAUAGCUCAUCUGCUGGAAUCUCUUCAGAGAGAGUACCAGUACCCGGUCAGAAAGGCUCAUCUGAUCGGAUACAGCCUUGGAGCUCACAUAUCGGGCUUUGCUGGAAGCUUUCUGCAAGGUUCAGAUAAGAUUGGGAGGAUCACUGGCCUCGAUCCGGCAGGGCCGCUAUUUGAGGGCAUGUCUCCCACAGACAGGCUUUCCCCUGAUGAUGCAGAAUUUGUAGACGCCAUCCACACCUUCACCCAUGAACGUCUGGGUCUCAGUGUGGGCAUCAAGCAAGCUGUGGCACAUUAUGACUUCUAUCCCAAUGGAGGAGACUUCCAGCCUGGAUGCGACUUUCAUAAUGUUUAUGAACACAUCAGUGAAUACGGGAUUCAUGGCUUUGGGCAGACGGUCAAAUGUGCUCAUGAGCGCUCUGUCCACCUGUUCAUGGACUCUCUGCUGAAUAAGGACAAGCAGAGCAUGGCCUACAGGUGCAGCGACAACAGUGCUUUCGUCCGCGGGAUCUGCUUGGACUGCAGGAAGAACCGCUGCAACACGUUGGGCUAUAACAUUAAGAAGAUCCGCACUGUAAGAAGCAAGAAGCUUUACUUGAAAACAAGAUCUCGGAUGCCUUACAAACUCUAUCAUUACCAGUUCAGGAUCCAGUUUGUCAAUCAGACAGAGAGAACCAAGCCGUCUCUCACCAUCUCCCUUCAAGGAACCAGAGAUGAGAGUGGAGACCUGAUCAUCACAAUAGAUGAAGGGAUUUAUGGAAACACAACCUUCACCUUCCUGAUCACGCUGGACAAAGACCUAGGGGAGCUGAUGAUGCUGAAGCUGAGGUGGGAGGCGUCUAAUCUGUGGAAGAACAUGUGGACUCGCAUGAAAAACAUCUUUCCUUGGGGCAACCAGGGGAGUAAACCUCAGCUGAUGUUGGGAAAAAUCAGCGUCAAAGCAGGAGAAACACAGGACAGGACGUCAUUUUGUGCCAUGAAUAAUGAUGGACAACAAAUUGAAGUUUCUCAAGAUAAAGUGUUUGUGCGCUGCAAGAAAGAAGAUCCAACGCUCCGCAGAAGAAAGUACAAUAGAAAGGUUGAAAUGAAUUAAAAUGUUCAAGAGACUAAUUGUGGUAAUGCUCUCUAUUGCAACCUUUUCAUGGGGGUUUUAUCCAAACUAAGAAUUUGUAAAAUACAAAAAGUGUAAAAAACGGAAAGUAUUGGAAAGAAAUUACUAUGUUUGCCGUAAAAGUUAAAAACAAACACCUGCAACUGUUCACAAUAAAACUGUGA